UAGACUCGGUCCAUCAGUGACCUGCUGUCUCGCUCUAUCUCAGCGGAGACAUCAAGUGGAGAUGUUGCCCAGACUUUGGAUUGUGACGACCGCUCUCCUGUUUCUUGCCUCGUGCAUCUUGUGUACAAACCCAGGCUUGAAAGUGAGAGUAACGCAGAAAGCUUUGGACUAUGGACGACGGGUUGGGAUCGGUGUGUUGCAACAGAAGUUGCGAGAGAUACAGAUUCCAAAUAUGAGCGGUAAAGUGAACGUAGUGAUUAUCGGCGACAUAGAAUACUCUGUCAAAUCGAUACGCAUUUACAAGUUGGGUUUACCGCAGUCUACUCUGAAAUUCUCUGCUGGCCGGGGCAUUCAGCUCUCCAUCACAAAUGGUUUCAUUGGUGUGAAGGGUGACUUUAGUGUUCAAAAGUUCAUUUUUCAGAUGAGUGGAUCAUUUGACGUGUCUGUGAGUCGUCUGUCAAUAUCACAGAAGAUAGGAAUGACCCGUGACAGCACUGGCCGCCCAGCUCUCCAAAGCGUUGCCUGCUCAACCAAUGUUGGGAAAGUAGACUUCAAGUUCACCAAAAGAAAUCGAUGGUUGUAUAAUCUGUUCCGCAAAUUCCUCGAGGAACCCAUUCGUAAAGCCCUUACCAAACAGAUGUGUCCUAAAAUCUCCAGUGCACUCAGGGGAUUGGAAAAGAAUCUAAAGACCAUGGAAAGUAUGUUGUUUUACAUUCUCCCUCAUUCUGCCAUCGCCUUCCAAAAACUCUCUCAAGAUGCAAGGUUCAAAAUUAACCCAUUUGCUGAGGUUGACUAUUCACUGGUUAAUCAAAUUCAAAUUUCAAAUAACGCCAUGGACCUGGAUUUUAAGGGUCAAUUCUACAGAGUGGGAAAAAAUAAAGAUCCUCCCUUCAAGCCACCUCCAAUCAGCCUUCCCAGUCAAUCCAAUCGCAUGUUGUACUUGGGAAUAUCUGAUUUCCUUGCUAACUCAGCAGGAUUUGUGUAUUAUGAAGCUGGGGUCUUACAAAUGAAAAUCACCGAUAAAAUGAUUCCGACUACAUCGCCUGUCAGAUUAAACACAAAGUUCUUCAAUCAGAUCGCACCUGGGCUGCAGAAGCUCUAUCCUAACAUGCCAAUAGAAAUGCGCCUGCGAGCCACUCGAUCGCCAAUUCUGCAGGCUGCAAAAAAACACAUCAACGUUCAAGCAUUUGGAGCACUUGACGUGUGCGCAGUCCAGCCAAAUUCAACCCUCGCAUCACUUUUUGUCCUGAACAUUCAAGCGAGUGUCUCUGCUCGUGUGCGUAUCGCUCAGAUGAAACUGAUUGGAUCCCUACAACUGAAUAGUCUGACAUUGACUCUUGGUCGUUCUAAUGUUGGCCCUGUUCGGGUGGCUGAUCUGGAACUGAUAAUGAACAUUGCAGUAAAGUCCGUGGUGUUACCAGGCGUCAAUGGUAAGUACGUGAUGGAGACUGUUUGGGAUUUCCACGGUAAAAAUGGAUAA